AUGAAAGAAAAGUCUAAAAAUGCUGCCCGGACGAGGAGGGAGAAAGAAAACAGUGAAUUCUAUGAACUGGCUAAAUUACUGCCUUUGCCCUCAGCCAUCACCUCGCAGCUGGACAAAGCUUCCAUAAUCAGACUCACGACCAGCUAUCUCAAAAUGAGAGUGGUCUUCCCAGAAGGGCUCGGCGAGGCGUGGGGCCACACCAGUCGAACCAGCCCAUUGGACAACGUUGGUCGAGAACUCGGCUCUCAUCUACUCCAGACUCUGGAUGGCUUCAUCUUCGUGGUGGCCCCAGAUGGAAAGAUCAUGUACAUUUCAGAGACAGCUUCGGUUCACCUGGGCCUUUCUCAGGUGGAGCUGACUGGGAACAGCAUCUAUGAAUACAUCCACCCGGCUGACCACGAUGAGAUGACAGCAGUGCUCACAGCCCACCAGCCCUACCACUCACACUUUGUACAGGAGUAUGAGAUGGAGCGUUCCUUCUUUCUGAGGAUGAAGUGUGUUUUGGCCAAGCGGAAUGCUGGCCUCACCUGCGGUGGCUACAAGGUUAUUCACUGUAGCGGCUACCUGAAGAUCCGUCAGUACAGCCUGGAUAUGUCGCCCUUCGAUGGGUGUUACCAGAAUGUGGGCUUGGUGGCCGUGGGUCACUCCCUGCCUCCGAGCGCUGUCACAGAAAUCAAACUACACAGCAACAUGUUCAUGUUCCGAGCCAGUCUGGACAUGAAGCUUAUUUUCCUGGACUCCAGGGUGGCGGAGCUGACUGGGUAUGAACCUCAGGACUUGAUUGAGAAGACCCUGUACCAUCACGUCCAUGGCUGCGACACCUUCCACCUACGCUGCGCACAUCACUUACUGUUGGUGAAGGGGCAGGUGACCACCAAGUACUACAGGUUCUUGGCAAAGCACGGCGGCUGGGUAUGGGUACAGAGUUACGCCACCAUCGUUCACAACAGCCGCUCCUCCAGGCCGCACUGCAUCGUUAGCGUCAACUACGUCCUCACAGACACAGAAUACAAAGGGCUUCAGCUCUCCCUGGACCAGAUCUCAGCCUCUAAGCCCACCUUCACCUAUGCCAGCAGCUCCACACCUACCAUCACUGACAACAGGAAGGGGGCUAAGUCUCGGCUUUCGAACACCAAGUCAAAAUCCAGGACCUCCCCAUAUCCCCAAUAUUCGGGAUUCCACACUGAAAGAUCGGAAUCUGACCAUGACAGCCAGUGGGGUGGAAGUCCCCUGACUGAUACUGCCUCCCCACAGCUCCUGGACCCAGAGAGGCCUGUUUCUCAGCACGAAGUGUCAUGUGCCUACAGGCAGUUCCCAGAUCGCAGCUCUCUCUGCUAUGGCUUUGCCCUGGACCAUUCCAGGCUGGUGGAUGACAGGCACUUUCACACUCAAGCCUGUGAGGGGGGCCGCUGUGAGGCAGGCAGGUACUUCUUAGGAGCACCACCAACUGGGAGAGAUCCCUGGUGGGGCUCUCGAGCAGCCUUGCCUCUUACCAAGGUUUCCCCGGAGAGCAGAGAAACCUAUGAGAACAGCAUGCCGCACAUCACCUCUGUCCACAGAAUCCAUGGUCGAGGUCACUGGGAUGAAGAUAGCGUGGUCAGCUCUCCAGACCCUGGGUCAGCCAGUGAAUCAGGUGACCGAUACCGCACCGAACAGUAUCAAAACAGCCCACAUGAACCUAGCAAAAUUGAAACUCUCAUAAGAGCCACGCAGCAGAUGAUUAAAGAGGAGGAGAACAGAUUACAGCUAAGGAAAGCUCCUCCAGACCAACUGGUCUCCAUUAAUGGAGCUGGGAAAAAACACUCCCUCUGUUUUGCAAACUAUCAACAGGCCCCACCAGCAGGGGAAGUCUGCCACAGCUCUGCUCUUGCCAGCACUUCACCAUGUGACCAUGUCCAGCAGAGAGAGGGAAAGAUGCUCAGUCCUCAUGACAAUGACUAUGACAACAGCCCCACUGCACUGUCUCGGAUAAGCAGUCCCAGUUCUGAUCGCAUUACAAAGUCUAGUUUGAUCUUGGCUAAAGACUAUCUGCAUUCAGAUAUGUCUCCUCAUCAGACAACAGGAGAGCAUUCUGCCAUUUCUCCAAACUGCUUUGGCUCCCACCGGCAGUAUUUUGAUAAGCAUGCCUAUACAUUAACUGGAUAUGCUCUGGAGCAUUUAUAUGACAGUGAAACUAUUAGAAACUAUUCCUUGGGCUGCAAUGGCUCACACUUUGAUGUAACUUCCCAUCUGAGGAUGCAGCCAGACUCAGCACAAGGACACAAAGGAACAUCUGUUAUAAUAACCAAUGGAAGCUGA